GUGCGCGUGCGUGUGCACGUGGGGGCGCGGCGCGCGCCACGGCGGAGGGAGGGAAGGCGGCGGCAGGCCCAGCCCCCGGUCGCAGCGCCCGGGGCGGCUCCUCUGCGAGCCUAGGGACCGCUGCGCUCCCGCCGCCGCCAGCUCUGCUACCGCCACCUCCAAGGGCUGACCUGACUCCCGGCUCGCGCCGCGCCCGCCUCGGCUUCCUGCCGGCCCAAACGCCGCUCCUACCGAGCUCCGGAUCUCGGCUCCGCUGAGGGAGAGGAAAUGAGUGCGGCCGCGGCGCCGGCGCCCGAGCGCGGUUGGAAGAGCGAGAAAGUGGACGAGGCUCAGGCCCUGGCGCGGAGUUGCGCCGCCCGCAGACCCGACUUCCAGCCAUGCGACGGGCUCUCCAUCUGUGCCACGCACAGCCACGGCAAGUGCUUCAAGCUGCACUGGUGCUGUCACCUCGGAUGGUGUCACUGCAAGUAUGUGUAUCAGCCGAUGACCCCUGUGGAACAGCUGCCCAGCACUGAGAUUCCUGCGAAGCCUCGGGAGCCUGCGAACACCAUUCAGAUUUCGGUCUCCCUCACUGAACACUUCCUGAAAUUCGCGUCUGUUUUCCAGCCCCCUCUGCCCCCUGACUCGCCAAGGUACUGUAUGAUCUCAGACCUCUUUAUUGACAACUAUCAGGUUAAAUGUAUUAAUGGGAAGAUGUGUUACGUGCAGAAGCAGCCGGCACCACAUUCCCACAAAAUGAACCCCGAGGAGGUCUCUGCACACGAUGCCUUUAUUUCAAAAGAGAGCAAUACACCAAAAAUAGAUCACUGCUCUUCUCCCUCAAGUUCUGAGGACUCUGGGAUCAACGCGAUCGGGGCUCACUAUGUGGAAUCGUGUGACGAGGACACAGAAGAAGGAGCAGAACUGAGUUCAGAGGAAGAUUACAGUCCAGAGAGCAGCUGGGAGCCAGAUGAGUGCACCCUUCUUUCCCCCUCGCAGUCUGACCUGGAAGUUAUUGAAACAAUAGAAACCACCGUGUGAGGGUCCCGGCGGGAAGCCACUGCUCUGCUCUUUGCUGAGCUUUUGUACUUUUGUCUGAUGGACCCUUUUUCCAGUGCAGUCAGUGUUUUCUACCCCUCGUUAACAACCAUAGCAGUUCAGUGGUCUGCUGAUUUAGCUUCACUUUUAAAUUUGUCUUAUAACUAAGACAUCUUUUGUUAUAAAUGGUUUUCUUUUGUAUCUUCACUUCCUUUCUAUGUAGCAUCUGGUGUCAUGAAUUGUGACCCAGCCUUAAUUUCACUGGGAACUUUGAAAGCGAUGAAGCGAUGAUCACAGAGCAUCAUGGAUCAGGUUGAGGAGAUACCCAGAGUGAAGGAGACACUGUUCUAUAAAUAGCCAGUUCUUCGCAGAACAGCUCUCUGGCAGUCCUUUUGGCGUGCUGAUGAGCACCGCUGCCCUGCUAGUCCUGGUGGAAGAUUGGUUCACGUGACCAGUCCAGGGUGUGCUCUGGUGCAUGCCAUUCUGUCCUUUCCUCAUCUCUCUGCUAUCUGGGUCUGGGCCAGUGUUGCCACAGCUUCCUGGAGGCCAGCUCAGCCCCCAGUUAAAGCAGUGUCUGCACAACCAGCCCUUCAUGACUUGGGGCUGGGCUAGACCUCGCUCCAGAAGAGAUGACAUCAUCUGUCUCAUGCUCAGUCCGGCUUAGGUUGAAUGCCUAUCCCCCCUCCAGGGUGCUGUGUGGAUACAGAAUGAAUAAGGCCUGACUCCCAGCAGGAAGGGACCAUAGUCCACUAGGGGAGGUAAUCCAUGCAGGUGAGGGGACCUAGAGUGCCCUGGGAAGCCGGGGGAGGCAGAGAUGCACUUGGCUUGGGCUGGCUGGAGAAGGAGUAGCAUUUGAGCUGGCCUCAGGGGUGGCUUCCCCAACAUUUCCCUGCUUUUUCAGUUCAGUCGCUCAGUCGUGUCCGACUCUUUGCGACCCCAUGAAUCGCAGCACGCCAGGCCUCCCUGUCCAUCACCAACUCCCUGCUUUUUAAAAUUGUUCAAAUCUGCGGGAGACUUUUAGGAAGUCAUAUAGGUAUUAUAUUUAGGAGGCAGCCACAUCUCAUGUCUUAAGGAAAAAAAAUCAAUAAUAGUUUUAGUUAGCAUGGAAAUGCUAAAGACAGCAGUCCUUUAGGGAUUAGGAAUGAAUCUAAUAGGUUUGAUUAACUCUGCUUCAUUUGGUUGUAUGAAGCAUUAGAAUGGCUUAGGUGAGAAAUGGAUUAGAAUUCAGUAUGAUGCAUGGAUUUUUUUAUGCCAAUGCAAAAACAGUUGAAAUAGUUCACUGCUAAGUCAGGAGAAAAUAUUUUGUGUAAUAUUCAUUCCCUUUACUACAGUAAUAUUCAUGGGCUAUUGUAAAUGUUCUCUUUUCCUACACACAUAAAAUAGUGACUGAUUCUUUCUUAUUUAGCUCUCUUCAGAAUUUUGCUCCUAAUCUCCAUUUAUAACAGGUGUUCUGUGUGAGUUGGUUAUCUGCCAUUUCUCCAAAUGUACUGUCUGUGAGGCAUAGUUAAGAAUCCAGGAAAUUUGAAAUACGGCCGCAUGAAACUAAACUAUCCAAGUUGGAGACAGACAGUCACUUCCUGUACCCGGACUCUCCACGAGCGUGCUCUCAUGGCAUCUUGUGCUCUGUCAGCAUCAUGACGUGACUCUUCUGUGUCACGUUAGUUCAUAUUUUAAGAAACAAGAAGGGGCCUGUGUGUCCUUUCCUGAAGCCUCCACUUGGCAUCCUGCACAGAUCUCUCCAGACAGAACCUGCUUUCCUAGUUGUAUGUGCAGUCCACGUGACUGGCUAGAACAUUUCGUUAGGUUCAGGUGCCCUAAACAUCCUGAAGAGUUUAGAAAGCAGAGUGUGUGUAUUCCUUUGGAAGCAGUGUUACUUAACACUUUGUGUGCUAGGUGAGAAUGCAGCCAGCAUAAAGUUCCCACUUACUGAAACAAAGACUCAACACAUCAACCCGAGAAGAUGGUGUCCAGAGCUCCAGGGCCAGCGGGGCCCAGAAAGCGACAGAGGCAGGUGUGGGGAGAAAGGCUUAGGGACAAAGAGCUGAUGAGCCCUGCUCUGGGCUCUCAGCACCGCCGGGACUGACUGGCCACCUGCAGUCAGGGUCCUGCCUGCACCUCGCCGUGGGUGAGCUCAUUUCAUCCCUGGACAGGAAUACGAGGCUCUGUUUGCACUGUUCCUAUCAGUUCUCUCCUCCAUCUGUUCAUGUGGUGAUAGUUGGGGGUCAACCACCAGGUCUCUAAAGCCAUGGAAAUCCAUGGGCUCAGGGCCACGCUUCAGGCUGGCUGUGCCAGGGUUGGGCCGUUCAUAUUUAUAUCUAUGACUUUUGCUUAGGUUCCUGUUUUUUAAAACUCCUGAACUGCCAUUCAGAUUAGCCAGGAUUUUAAUGGAAUUUUUGGAUUUAACACUAGUUGAUAAUCACUUUAAAUACUUGCACAAACUCUUUAUAAUUAAAAUCUCACUAAGAUUCACUUACUACUAUCAAUUUUAUAGAAUUGGAGACAUCCCAUUGGAUUCUAAAUAUAAAAUGCUCCUGAAUCUCAAAAUAGCCUUUUCUAAAUAAGCACAAGCAAGAAUUUUUUUUUUGUCCUACCACUGUUAAUAUUAAUAAUUAUCUGAAAUCAUACAUGAUUGAACCAGAAUUCUUUAUGCUUGCAUUCCGAAACAACUGAUAAGGGUAUAAAAAUAUGUAGUUUCAACUUCAAUUCUAGGCCUAUUCUGUUCUAUAUUAUAUGAAAGAAUUUCUCUGUAACCCUGAUACUGCAUUACUCAUUUGUAUAAGCAUAUUUAUAGGCACUUUAGAAAGUGUUUAGACUGCAGUGUGUAUUACAGACAUUGAACACAGUUAUGUUAAAUAGGCUUUUCAUUAAUACUUGUACACUGAGAGAUAUGAAAGCUUUAUCACUUGGACGUUUGCUCACCUGGGGCAAAGAGGUGGGCUGUGUGAAUGGAAAACUGCUUUCUCAGGCUUUUGUCAAAAACUGACACCAUUCCCACUUUUUGAAAGUUGGUGUAAAAGCUGUUAGGUAGAAGAUACGAAAUAAGUACUGUGUGGAGUUUAGCUUUCCGAUCUAACCAAGAUUUCUUUUAGCAUUUUCGAGUUUCACAUGUGUUCAUGACUUUUCUGAGAAAUAACAAAGCAAUUAUAAUGCUUUUAGUGGUUACAACUAUUUGGUACAUUAACAAUGGAAGCUUUACAAUAAAAAAAUCUAGGUAUAUUCAAGAUCUGAAAUGCAAAUCUGAGAAAAACCUCUGUAGAAAAACUGCCGCAUUCCUGGAAGGGAACCUGUAGUUCAAGGUAAUACAGUAAAAAUAAAAUCAGCAGAACCAGAACAAAACCAUGAAGUUGUUUUCCUGAAGUACCUUUUGGAUUUGAUCUAGGGUUUGAUUUUAUCUUGAGAGCGGCGGUUUUAUUUCUUAAUCUCUGUUUCCUGGCCUGUUUGAGCCAUCAUAGUUCCUUGGAUCAUAACCUCCUUUUAUGCAAAUAUCUCUACUUAGGCAAUAGGAUACAACCAGGUAAUUUAGAAAGCUGUCAAAAUACCCAGAUACUUUUGGUGGUAUAAAUACUUUUAGGCAAGGGGAAAAAAAAAGCACAAUUAGAAAAAAAUAUUUAUACUGUCAACACUUACUAUUCCAUCUUAUUUGCAAAAUUUUGUUGACACGUUUUGGAUUUUUGCAUGAGGAAACCGAGGCUUUCUUGGUUUCCCCUACCCCCCUCUCCAGACGAGGUGUCAGUGCAGUGAGAAGGCCAGCUGUGUUUCCGGCUUUCGUCUCUUCCCCUUGAGGAGGGCAGAGAGCAGUGGGCGUUCUGUGCUCUUGGUCAGUGCCGUCAGUCCCAGGGAUGUCCGUGUUUCUCACAUUCAAACAUGAGUACAAGGGCACUCAGAACUAACUUUGGAAUAAUUAACCUUUAGAAAAUUUGUGUCACUGCUCCCUUUCAUUAUCACAGGUAAUUGAGAGUUGGCUGUGCUGGGAAGGGCCCCGUCUCUGGCGUGCUUUGAGUUCUUUGUGUUCAGAUUGGUGCCCUCUUCAUAGGCUGGACAAGUCUAAAAGCAAAUCAUCACUAGCGGUUUUAAUGCUGAGCUUCCAUAUCACGGUGUUCAUGUGUACUUCUAAGGCUGUUCGUACCUUAUAAUGUUCACUUACUGUGUGAUUUUUAAAACCUGUCUAUUUUCAAGUUUUAAGCACAAUGUUGAUUGUUCUCUAAUUUACCUUGUUUUCCUACAAACAGCUCAACUUUCCUCUCUGUAUAAUACUUUAGGAGAAUACUACCUUGUAAAAUAAACGUGAUUUUUUCCUUUUUUA